GACUCUGCUGUCCGAGUUCCCGUAGGUCUUUAGAGCUUUUGGACGUUUGGUACUGGAGGACAAAGUUCCGAAGAAGAGCAGCAGCGCGGGUGUCACUGUUCGGGAGAGGCUGUACAAUCCUCGGCAGUGUUCUGAGACUGUACGUCCUGCUCCGGUCCAUUUGGACUCCUCACGUCGAACACCAACUUUGAUUUGGACUGUUGGACUCCACUGAGGACGACAUGACGGCCAACAAGGACAAAAAGAGGAGCAGCUCGGAGCGUCGCAAGGAGAAGUCACGUGACGCGGCCCGUUGUCGGCGCAGCAAAGAAACGGAAGUUUUCUACGAGCUGGCUCACCAGCUUCCUCUACCUCACAGCGUCAGCGCUCACCUGGACAAGGCAUCCAUCAUGAGGCUCGCCAUCAGCUUCCUGCGUACACGCACGCUCUUUACCACCACAGGCUGUGAAGGUGAUUAUGAGCAGAUGAGCAGCUUGUACCUGAAAUCUCUGGAGGGCUUCAUCACCGUGGUAACGUCUGACGGCGACAUGAUCUUCCUGUCGGAAAACAUCAACAAAUUCAUGGGGCUCACACAGGUGGAGCUGACAGGUCACAGCAUCUUUGACUUCACGCACCCAUGUGACCACGACGAGAUCAGAGAGAACCUCAGCCUCAAAACCAGCAGCAGCGGCUUCAGAAAAAAGAGCAAAGAGCAAAGCACCGAGAGGGAUUUCUUCAUGCGGAUGAAAUGCACCGUGACCAACAGGGGGCGCACCGUUAACCUCAAGUCUGCCAGCUGGAAAGUGCUGCACUGCACGGGCCACCUGAAGAUGUACAACAGCGGCCCCUCACAGGUGCUGUGCGAACCGCCGCUCACCUGCACUGUGCUGAUGUGCGAGCCCAUCCCCCACCCCUCCAACAUCGAGGCGCCCCUCGACAGCCGGACCUUCCUGAGCAGACACAGCAUGGACAUGAAGUUCACCUACUGCGACGACAGAGUGACUGAGUUGAUGGGUUACACUCCUGAUGAUCUGCUGGGCCGCUCAGUCUAUGACUUCUAUCACGCUCUGGACUCUGAGAGCGUCACCAAGAGCCACCACAACCUGUGCACCAAAGGCCAGGCAGUGUGCGGUCAGUAUCGCAUGCUGGCAAAGAGCGGAGGUUACGUGUGGGUAGAAACGCAGGGUACCGUCAUCUACAACAACCGGAACUCUCAGCCUCAGUGCAUUGUCUGCAUAAACUACGUCCUUAGUGACAUCGAGGAGAAGUCCACCAUCUUCUCCCUGGAGCAGACCGAGUCUCUGUUCAAGCCCCGCCUCACUAGCAGCUUUUUCACCGCCGCAGCAGCAGGAGUUGCCGGGGAGCCUGGAGACUUCACCAAACUCAAAGAGGAGCCGGAGGACCUCGCCCAGCUGGCACCCACGCCCGGAGACACCAUCAUCAGCCUGGACUUCGGUGGUCCUCAUUUUGAGGAGUCCGCAAAGCAGGCGACAUACGGCCAUCUGCCCACUGCCGCCGUGCCCCUGCCAGGCCCACCGUGCUGGACCAGUGAGAGCCACAAGGUUGUCUCGCCUCCGGCUGCAGGGGACAUGGUUAACAUGGUGGCCACUUUCACGGCCCAGCAGAACCCGCCGCCGUGUAGCACAAGUCCAAGCCUGAGCAGCUGCUCCACGCCCAGCAGCCCAGGCGACUACUACAGCACCACUGACAGCGACGUGAAGGAGGAGCUAACUGAGCGGCUCUUUGCUCUGGACACAGAGAGCAACAGUCCCGUUACCACUGAGAAGGACUUGAGUGACUUUGACCUGGAGACCUUGGCUCCUUACAUCCCCAUGGACGGUGAAGACUUCCAGCUCAAUCCCAUCAUUGCAGACUCGGAGCCUCUGGAAGUGGGCGUGUCCAUGGGGGGCUCUAUGGGGAGUGGCGGCGGUGGCCUCCCUCACUCCCAGCAGAUCCCCCAGCAGAGCUUCAGCAACAUCGCCAGCCUCUUCCAGCCGCUUUCCUCGCCCCCUCAGGAGCAAAGCCGCUAUCGGUCCCAGCCUGCCACUACCUCCUCCUGGGCUCCGGGGGAGGAGAGUGGGUCCGGCAGGGGGACCCUGGACCCAAGGGUGCGGUCCUACAUGAUAGGGCACAUGCAGAAUCCCCCGUACCAAGCGCCUGCCAGCACCCCUCUGUCUUCCAUGGGGGGCAUUCAGAACCUGCAAUGGCCCCCUGAUCCUCUGUUAACGUAUCACCAACACGCCAACAAAAGUCACCACUUGGACUCUUUGUCUGGAGACCUGCGUUCGUCCUACCAGCAGAACCUGCAGCAGGUCCUGCAGAAGGAGAGGUCCAUGGAGGACUUUGGACGAGCUUACAGAGACAUGAGUCCUCCUCCUCGAAUGGACAGCGCCUUUAAACGCUCUUUCGCUCAGAUGGCGGGUGAAUGUAAGACGUCAGAAAGCAUAUGGAAGAAGAUGAGGAGCAACGUGUCUGGUUGUGGGAUGAGAGGAGACAACAGGACUCAGUGUUUGGGAACUCUGCAACAACACAGGAAGUCUCAGUAUCCAGGAAGUAUGGCAGGUCUCGCCAGUCGCUUACUGGGUCCAUCAUUUGAGUCCUCCUGUCUGCCGGAGUUGACCCGCUACGACUGCGAGGUCAACGUGCCGCUGCAGGGCAACCUGCACCUCCUGCAGGGCUGCGAUCUUCUGCGAGCCUUGGACCAGGCCACCUAGAAGGUCCACAUCCUAACGCUGCCAUCACCUAGACUUUGUUUUACGGCCACCUGGAUCUUCAACACCACAAGCCGAGACUCAGAGGCCUCCAUCUCGGACUCAAAGAGCCUCACUAGCCGUCUUUAGCCGCUAUGACAUUGUCCACCUCCACAAGGUGCUGCUUCCUCUUUAUCCCUCAGCUGUGUCAUAUGAUGCUAUCUGACAUGUAGACUGUGGGAUUCACACAACACACGCGUCGUACCCUCCAAUAUGGAGUCUAUUCGUAGCCCCGCCCACUCUACAUCAGCUGACUCCUUUAGCUAAGAGGCUAAUGCUAACGCUUUUGGGUCUCAAGUCAAAUUCCAAGUAGGAAAAGUGUUUCUGAUUCCCAAAGAUAGCUUCGAUAUUUGACUGCUUGCCAAGUGUUUUGGACUCGUCGGGUCCUUGUCUCGGAAGACCACUCAAGUCCGUUUUCAAGACUCGUAGAGACACGUAAAAAACGAGUUAUCCCCGAUGACGAGCAGAGGAGCUGCUCUUGUUAGCAUCAAGUGCUUUUCACUGUUAGCUAACAUGUUGUCAUUUAGUGCGCACUCAUGAACACAUCGUGCAGUACUAACAUACUACAUGCAUGUAUGCUAACAAGCUACAUGCAUGUACCCUAACACGCUACUGUACAUGCAUGUACGCUAACACGCUACAUGCAUGUCCUCUAACAUACUACAUGCAUGUCCUCUAACAUGCUACAUGCAUGUACCCUAACACGCUACAUGCAUGUACGCUAACACGCUACAUACAUGUACGCUAACACGCUACAUGCAUGUACACUAACAUGCUACAUGCAUGUACACUAACAUGCUACAUGCAUGCUGUAAUAACACUUCAUUGUCUUCUACUAGCACCAGUACAAGCUGCUUUUUUUCUUCUCCUUUCUGUGCAAUUGUUGUCGUCACGGUGAAGCUUAAUUGGUGCCACAGUUCACUCAAGUUGUCAUGCUGCACACACACACACACACAUGCACUGCAAUAGGUGUGUGUGUGUGUGUGUGUGUGUGUGUGUGUGUGUGUGUGUGUGUGUGUGCGUCCAUGUGAUUGAUAGCUGUUAGCACCUACUGGCAGCAUCAUGCAAAGGACUGUUAGGGCCACAUUCAUAUAAAUGCUAAUAAUGUUCUCACAAUGAAGUCAUAGAAACACAUUAAGAAGAAAAAAUAAUCAUAUUAUUCCACGGAACACAGUGUAAUAGUAUGAAAAUAAAUCUUUCUAACUCAAAAACAUUUCUUCCAAUGCCAGCUAUUAUACCAUGACUUGGUUUUUGUAAUAUUAUGAAUUUAGUCUUGUAAAUGUCUGACUAAAUAUAAACUUUAUUGUGUUAAAAUGAUGAAGUUUUCUUGCCAAAUUUACAAGCAUAUUGUCAUAACGCUAUGACUAUAUUAUUAUUACUUAUUUUUUCUUGUAAGUUGUUUAUCAUAAUCAUAAUGGUCAUAUUCCAUCCUUAUUCCUGUGCAAGUACAAUUUUAAUGUGGAAAUAAUGAUUUCAAUUUUGUGGUCCUAGUGCUCCUUUGUCGCAUGACUAAUGCUUACAUUUUUGCUGAAGCGGUAAUAAAUAAUCCACCGUGUUCCAAGUGUUCCACUCUCGUGUCAGCAGUGAUCAAGUGUAGGAUUUGUGGCAAUCACUGAGACUUAGGAAAGCUCCCAAGCCAGCCAGUGCCGAUGGAGGGUUGUUUGUCAGAAGAAUCAACAUCGAGGACACUUUAGAUGAGAUGUCACGGCUUUUAUGUCUACUCUUUUCUUCUUUAGGGUAACGUACAGACCCCCCCACCCCACACCCAGCCUACAGUCAUAUACAUAUAUACAGUAUAUAUAAAAUGCAACUAUAUGAAACAUAUUCUAUAUACAGUAUAUUCAUAUAUGUGUAACAGAUGCCAGCUGGUGCAGCGGUGUGAUAAUAUGUUCGGUAAACCUCACUCCCUGACACCUUAAGAGCUGCACUGAACAACGAGUCGAUAUCUGAGGCUUUUAGCUGAUUGGCUAGCGCUACUCGACUUCACCCUCAUUUGUUGGGGACCCACACGGGCCACUGUUACAUAUAUAUGUAUAAAUAUUUAGAUGAAAAAUAUGAUAUUCUGUCUUUGGCCUCACUCGAUGAGCACUUGCAGGUUGUGCACGUUACGUGUUUAAAGACGGGAUGUUUGUAGCGUGGCUGUGUCCUGGUGCAUGAUCACUCGCCGUCCGCCAUCUUUUUUGCCCUCCCUCCCCUGCAUUUGGCUGGCCAGGACUCUUGUUGAUGUUCGUGCUUUAAAGACGUUGCCAGAUAUGAUGUAGCAUUUUGCGUAGUGGUAAUAAAGGAGGUAGUUGUUCACGUAAACACUGUAUACUCUUUGUAAGUGCUUUGCUUCACAUCAUGCUGAUAUUUUCCCAAAGGGAAGCGCUCGUCUCACCUUUAGAACCCUUGGUUUGGAACGCAUUCUGACACCUCUAGAGCCCAUGAAGUCCUACCUAGGACACAUGAUGUAGACAGCUAGAACCCGAACCAGAUCAGAGCCAGAACCAGCCCUAGCUCCACUGGAGUACACAAUACAACCCACCUUGACCCCACUGGAACACCCUGGUGCCGUUUAACGGUAUGGAAGUGGAGGGGGGGCAUGUUGGUACAUCAUGUGGCCCGUGAGGCUGCUUUCCCUCUUCUAGAGUAAUCCCUCCCCACUUUCACAGCUUCACUCUAUCACCGUUUGUCAAAAAUAUAUUCAUUAUUAGAUCAUGCAUCAUAGUUAAGCAAAUAUAAGGCAUUCAGAAGACGCAUUGAAAGAGGUUGUGCACUGGUCACUAGGUGGCAGUAAUGUUAUUGUAAUGUUGGCUAUGACACACAAGCACCAGACUUGAUCGCCAGAACAACAGGAUUUUAUUGCAGCUUUGAAUACAAUAAUCCCUAACACGAGCUAAAGCCGCUACUCAAAAUUCAACUUCAAACCCUCAACGUCGCUUCCUGUUCAACACCGGAUCACAUUUACAACAACACACGUCUUAAAUGUCUUAUUUUCUUUUAUUAUGUCCGCUGUAGUGGGUAAUAGGAGUGUAAAGGUGAUACUAUAGGGGUGUUAUUUCAUGUCUGGAGGGUUCUAAUCAUGUUUAAAAGCGUAUUUAGAAGGUGGUAAACAGGUUUUCCGUGCUCUAACUACCAAAAUAUUCCUUUUCUAAAUAAGGAAUGCUACUUUUUGGAAAGGGACUUAUGACGGUUGGGUGUGGAAACAAUGGAGCGCCACAAAGGAGGGAUUACUGUACUGUAAGAAGUGAUGGAAUGCAGCCACAAUGAAGAAUGGAUUUGAUGAUGUGUCCGCUAGGAAGCCUUGACGACUAAGUGUGCACACGUACGUGGGAGAAAUGCAGGUAGCAGUAAACACGACACCUCGUCCAAGCGAAAAUUUCAUAGCCGAAAAAGGACAUCAAUUACAGCGCUACCUUGCUUUUCCAUAAAUUCCUUCCUCAUCAUACAAAAAACGAUUUAUUUUUUCCCGUAAGAAAUAAUGUAAAUCCAAUUCAUCCACUCCAGAUGCCAAAAAAUAUGAAAAGCAACAUUUUAUAGAGAAUAAUUCUAGUUUUAUUACAUGUGGAUUCCCUGGCUGGAAUUUGUCUGUAGCGUCCCAGCUCUAAAACAAGCAUCAUCCAUUCAGUCACCGACGCAUGGAUGCUUGCUUUGGACACUCCAUUCCGCAGAUUACGUUGUUAGCAGACGAGUUUGUUAGCAGACUAGUAGGCGCUAAGUUUGGCCGUAUGAACACCGAGACAUAUUUUUGGCCGAAAACCGAGGUCGCACCGCAUUUUCAACGCAGCGUGUCGUUUUGUACCUCGUGCGGACGUGAAUGCUCGUUGCCGAUGCUAACGUUGUCAAGGUCACUUAGCCGAACAUAGCGUUGACCUUGGGACAAACUCUGCCCAAAGCGACAAAAGAAUGACUUCCCUCCCGCUUCCGAAGACGAUAUCAGCAUUUUGUCUCGUUGUAUCCAAACAGGGUUUGUAGUUUUUCACUCUGAGCGUAUUAUUUGCACGUAUUUAGUUGCCUUUGCUGAUUGUGCUUUUGUAUAUGCUAUAAAUUGCUAUGAUAUAUAAUAUAUAUAUAUAUAUAAUAUAUAUUAGCUUUGUUACUACUAUGUAAGAAGUUUGUUUUUCUGCACUGAUAUCUUCUUAUUAAAGCAUAUUGAUCUUA